AUGACGGCCUUUGACGGAACGUCCUGCCCGGAAGAACACUUGAUGGCGUACAAAAAUUUGAUGUUACUUUACACCACUAACCCUGCGUUGUGGUGCAAAUUCUUCCCAACUACUCUCACUGGGGUAGCUUUGACGUGGUAUACCUCCCUUCUAGGGGAAAGUAUCCACACUUUUGCCCAGUUAGAAGGCAAAUUCUUGGGUCACUUUGUAGCAUCCAGAAGGCAGGAGAAAUCAAACUUUCACUUACUCAGCAUAACGCAAUUGGAAGGAGAAUCCAUAUCAUCAUAUCUGAAAAAGUUUCAUGAGGCGGUGCUGGAAGUCACUGAUUUAGAGGAAUCGGUCGCCCUAAACGCACUGAUCAACGGUAUGAAGGCUCAAAAGCUGAUGUUCCAGUUGGUCGAGAGUCAAGUGAAGACAUACGCGGAGGCCAUGAAACAAUGCCAAAAUUAUGUGACGGCCUCCGAAAUAUGUCAGGCACAUGACCCUAAAAAACGAAGAUCAGAGAAGAAGGAUCCAACAUCCUCCCAUCAAUCCUCACGAAACAGGGAGGAACAUUCAUCGAGAGCAGGAGCUACAGGCCUCUUCGUCCAGAACCCCCAUCAGACAUGA